ACACACGCAUGAUAUUUCCCUCCGUCUGGUUUCCUGGGAGUCGGUGGUGGUUGAAGCCACCUGAGGCGGGCCCUGCGCCUCUCCAUUGGCUGGUGCUCCCUCUCCACCUCCCCCCCCCCCUUCCCGAACCACCACUUUAGUAACUCCCACCCUCCCUCCCUCUCUAAUGAUGUUGACAUAUUCACACGGCUGAAGCAGUGAUCCUCGCUGUACGUUACCGUUUCCGACACCUUCUUUUUAUAACUCAUCUAUCCCCGGCUUUAGUUGUCAAAACCACGCCUAUGGAGCCACACAAUUGGUUCGAAAGCGUCAAAUAGCCAAUCAACAGUGCUCAGCUAUUCGCAAUACGCACACAUACACACACACACAUACAGAAAGAUCGGAGUUGACUGUUUGGGGAGAUGUGUCUGUGCUGUGACAUCGCCAGCCAGUCUUACUUUCAGUUUAUCUGAAAAGCGAAGAGCACAAUAAUAUUAAUAAUGAUGCGCUUGUAAAAAGCCUCAGUGCGACCGAGAUCCGGGGGAGUGGAUGAAUUUUUUACCGAUGAGAGAGCCAGUUAUUCCGGGGACAAGCAUGGCUUAUCAUCCGUUCUUACCUCACCGGGCACCGGACUUUGCGAUGAGUGCUGUGCUCGGACAUCAGCCUCCUUUCUUCCCAGCCCUGGCGCUGCCUCCGACCGGCUCGGCCGCUCUCAGUCUCUCGGGCGGACUCGGCAAGCCCGUUAUGGAUCAGCUUGUAGGCGCAGGUGAGGCCGGGAUCGCUCUCUCGGCAAUGGGCCACCCGCCCUCGCAUCUGAGGCCUCUGAAGUCUGUGGAGCCCGAGGAAGAAGUGGAAGACGACCCGAAAGUUAUACUCGAAGCGAAAGAUUUGUGGGAUCAGUUUCACAAGUGUGGCACUGAAAUGGUUAUCACCAAAUCUGGAAGGAGAAUGUUCCCACCAUUUAAAGUUAGAUGCACCGGUCUGGACAAGAAGGCCAAAUAUAUUUUGUUAAUGGAUAUUGUGGCAGCAGAUGACUGUAGGUACAAAUUCCACAACUCACGCUGGAUGGUAGCCGGAAAAGCUGACCCUGAAAUGCCAAAGCGAAUGUACAUUCAUCCUGAUAGCCCAGCUACUGGGGAGCAAUGGAUGUCUAAAGUCGUCACUUUUCACAAACUGAAACUAACAAACAAUAUUUCCGACAAACAUGGAUUUACUAUUUUAAACUCCAUGCACAAGUAUCAGCCCAGAUUUCAUAUUGUUCGUGCGAACGACAUUUUGAAACUUCCUUACAGUACUUUCAGAACAUAUGUAUUCCCUGAGACAGAAUUCAUUGCGGUCACCGCAUACCAAAAUGAUAAGAUAACCCAGUUAAAGAUCGACAACAAUCCAUUUGCCAAAGGCUUUCGCGACACGGGAAAUGGGAGAAGAGAGAAGAGAAAACAGUUAGCGAUUCAGUCGCUGCGAGUCUACGAGGAGCAGCAGAAGGGGUCCAGAGAGAAUGGGGCAUCGGAUGAUUCAUCCAGCGAACAGCCGGCUUUCAAAUGUUUCGGUCAAUCUACGUCCCCUGCUGUCUCCACGCCAGGAACUGCGAACCUAAAAGGUGCUCUGCACAGUGAUGAUGAAGAGAGCGACCUGGAUUGUAAAGACGAGCCCACCCAGGAGGGCACCGACUCCGGGAAAUUGUCAACCAGCAGCGAGGAGCGAAAGGAGGAAACCAGUUCAGCCAAAUCUCACCCGCGCUCAUUGGAGGCGGUGAGCAGGAUGAGAGAACACGAAAGCUCUAGGACUGAGAAGAGCCCGACAAACCCAGCGGCCAGCUCCCGAGCCGUUAACGGAGAGAGCCCUGAGGUUAAAAGCCCGGCCAGAGACCAUCAGCAGAAAGCGGAGGAGGCCAGUGGGCUGAACAAGGAGAGCUACUCGCCUCUGACAGUGCAGACCGAUGGGGUGUCGCACCUGAACCACGGACACUUACAAAACCUCGCCUUUUCUCACAACUUAUCGGGCCAGCAUUUCUUCACCCCCCUGGGCGCAGGGCACCCUCUUCUCUUGCACCCCAGCCAGUUUGCUAUGGGUGGGGCCUUCCCCAAUAUGGCAGCGGGGAUGGGCCACUUACUGGCCUCCAUGUCCGGCUCGGCCAGCGGCAUCAGUGGCCUGGACACGCUUGUUUCCUCACAGCAAGGACUACCCGCUGGGUCCGCGGCAACCCUCCCCUUUCACCUCCAACAACAUGUCCUGGCCUCUCAGGGUCUUGCGAUGUCACCUUUUGGUAGCCUCUUCCCCUAUCCUUAUACCUACAUGGCCGCUGCAGCCGCCGCCUCUAUGCCAGGUGCAGUCCCGUCAUCAGUCGCAUCCUCUGCACAUCGCCACCCGUUCCUCAGUGCAGUCAGGCCUCGCUUGAGGUACAGCCCUUACACGUUCCCCGUGCCCGGGAUGGACAGUAGCAGCUUGCUGACCACCGCCGUGCCUAGUCUGACCAACCCCAGCGACACGAAGGUGAACGGCGUGGCAACCAGCCCGGUGUCAGCGGGCCUGGACUCCGGGUCGGAGGUGAACAGCAGGUCGUCGGGAUCGGUCUCCGUGUCGCCCAAACAGUGCUCCGACAAAGAAGCGCCCAACCAGCUCCAGAACAUUCAGCGCCUGGUCAGUGGACUAGAGACCAAGCAGGAUCGGUCAGCCCGGGGCGGCUCCCCUUGAUGGCAAGGUGAUAUCCCAAGGCCCCAGGCGGCUUUGCAUGUCACCCACCUACAGUCUUGUUUCUUUUUUUUAAUGCUAGUGUAGAGCCUUGGUAUUAUCGAAUUUCCCAAACUUUACAAACAAGGAAAAGAAGAGUUCCCGAGAAGUGGAAGGUUAUUGAAGUUUCCGGGCACCAUCAGUAGUUCUGGGGUUGUAGAUGUCAAAUCAGCUUUUUACAUAUAUGCAAUAACAGAAAGAAACGGAGACUAUUAUAAAGUAUUUAUGUAAUUAUUUGAUAACAUGUGUAAAUAUACUGAAAUUAGAAUACUCGAAAUUAUACUUUAAUUUAUUGUUGUUGUACAUACAUCUGUAUAUAAGGCUUCAAAGCCUUCCUUUGUUCGUUCAAACGCUUUUCAACACAACUCCUAUUAACCGUAGUGCCGACACCGUUACCACCACUUUACCCAACAAUGUGUUACCAUGCUACUACAUUAAAAAAAACCCUUAUAGACCCGAGUACAAGAAGUGCCAUUUUUUUAAAGCUUUUCUCAUUGUUUCAGUGUUAAAGUGCUACUGUCUUUACAGUUUAGAGUGAGGGGGGAAAAAAGAGCUCACCAGUUGCUUGAGAAGUAAUGAAGACACUUUCGGGGAUUUCUUUCGUGUGUCAAAAUGAAUGGAAAUUUUAUGCCUACAGCUUGAAAGUGCCGAGAGUUAAAAAAAAUAAAUGAAGGUAUAUUUUGUGUUAUAAAAUGUUGAAAGUUCUUGGUUUUCUUGUACUAUUUUUGUUUCGCUUUGAAGUUCUCAAAAAAAUUUCAAUAAAUUUGUAUCGAAGUCUUUGGUGCCAGUUA